GCUUGGGCAGAGAAGGCGUCUUGCUGAGCUUACGCUGCACCCGAGCCCGGAGGCGGAGGGGACGGUACCAUGAGUCAAGACGACAGAUUUGCUUUCAUUGCAGAAUGGUAUGACCCGAACGCUUCACUCUUUCGACGUUACGAACUCUUGUAUUAUCCGAAAGAUGGUUCCGUUGAAAUGUAUGAUGUGAAGAACCAUCGCACCUUUCUGAAACGCACAAAAUAUGAUGACUUACACCUAGAAGAUUUAUUUGUAGGCAACAAAGUUACUGUCUUUUCACGUCACCUUUCCCUAGUAGACUAUGGGGAUCAAUACACAGCCCGCAAGCUGGGUAGCCGCAAAGAAAGAACACUGGCUUUGGUUAAACCUGAUGCAGUGCCCAAGAUUGGAGAACUAAUUGAUAUCAUCAUUAAUACUGGGUUUACAAUAACUAAAGCCAAAAUGAUGGUACUUUCACGGAAAGAAGCAAUGGAUCUCCACGUAGACCAUCAAUCAAAGCCCUUUUACAAUGAGCUUCUCCAGUUUAUUACGAGUGGUCCUGCUGUUGCCAUGGAGAUUUUAGGAGAUGAUGCUGUGUCUGAAUGGAAAAAGUUACUGGGACCUGCAAACUCUGGCGUGGCUCGUUCUGAUGCCCCGGGCAGCAUUAGAGCAAUGUUUGGAACAGAUGGCAUAAGAAAUGCAGCUCAUGGCCCUGACUCUUUUGCUUCUGCUGCUCGAGAGCUGGAGUUGUUCUUUCCCUCAAGUGGAGGUCGUGGUCCAGCCAAUAGUGCAAAAUUUACAAACUGUACUUGUUGCAUUAUUAAGCCUCAUGCUGUUAAUGAAGGGCUAACUGGAAAGAUCAUAAAAGCCAUCCUUGAUGGGGGUUUUGAAAUCUCGGCUUUGCAGUUGUUCAACAUGGAACGUGCGAAUGUGGAAGAAUUCUAUGAGAUUUACAAAGGUGUUGUAGCUGAAUACGCUGAGAUGGUUACAGAACUGUGCUCAGGGCCUUGUAUAGCGCUAGAGAUCAGGCAGCUUGAUCCUCAAAAAGUAUUCAGAGACUUCUGUGGGCCUUCUGAUCCUGAAAUAGCCCGUCACCUCCGACCUGGAACCCUGCGUGCCAUCUUUGGUAAAAACAAGAUUCAGAAUGCUGUCCACUGUACAGAUCUACCAGAGGAUGGACUUUUGGAGGUCCAGUACUUUUUCAAGAUUCUGGACAACUGACAGCAGAACAUGGAACUAUCUCCAGUUCCUAAACGAAAGACAGACAAGGAGAGACGUGUUCAUUCAUUUAUUGUCCAAUGUUUUAACCUGACUGAAAUACAAGAGCAAGAGCACUGUGCUCCUGGCUAUUUAUUACAUAUGUUAGAACAUAGAGUUUUGCACUUUAGACAACAUUUAACACCAUUCUAUGGGGUACUGCAUUGCUUUUUAUAAAGUUCAAAAUAAAGAUUUAUUUUCAAACAAGUGACUUUGGUUUUUUCAUACAUUACACUUUUUCUUGCAGAAAAAAUAAAAUUGUACAACUGCAUAAAUAUAAAAUCUUCCACCAUGAAAAUGGUUAAAACAUUCAGUAAAGACAUUAGCACCACACCAUGUGAUGCUGCCAGCAG